CCGCUGUUACCGCCUGAUAAGCGAAGGAGCACCGCCUGAGCAGUGAGUCCUCUUGUCGCCUAGCUAGCUAGCCGAUAGCCUGGCGUCCCUCUCCUCCCAUCUGUCAGUACGGAGAGACGAGGGCUGCUCCCUUUCGCCUCCACUCCACAGACAUUCCGCACCAUGGCUGACGUUGACGUGUUCUCGAAUGAAGAAAAGCGUAACCUGAGUUUGGGUGGUCAUGUUGGAUUCGACAGCCUUCCUGAACAGCUGGUCAGUAAAUCGGUGACACAGGGAUUUUGUUUUAACAUCCUGUGUGUAGGGGAGACCGGCAUCGGCAAGUCGACGUUAAUGAACACUCUCUUCAACACCAUGUUUGAGAAUGAGGAGGCGAGCCACUACCAGAACGGCGUGUACCUGCGCCCCCGAACGUACGACCUGCAGGAAAGCAACGUCAACCUCAAGCUGACCAUCGUCGACACCGUUGGCUUCGGUGAUCAGAUCAACAAAGAGGACAGUUACAAGCCGAUCGUUGACUACAUCGACACUCAGUUUGAGAACUAUCUCCAGGAGGAGUUGAAGAUCAAGCGUUCGCUGUUUAACUACCACGACACCAGGAUCCACAUCUGCCUCUACUUCAUCGCUCCAACAGGACACUCUCUUAAGUCUUUAGACCUCGUCACCAUGAAGAAGCUUGACAGCAAGGUGAACAUCAUUCCCAUCAUUGCCAAAGCAGACACAAUCUCCAAGAGUGAGCUGCAUAAAUUCAAAAUAAAGAUAAUGAGUGAGCUGGUGAGCAACGGUGUCCAGAUAUACCAGUUCCCAACGGACGACCAAACCGUCAGCGAGAUCAACGCCUCCAUGAACGCCCAUCUGCCCUUUGCUGUGGUCGGGAGCGUGGAAGAGGUCAAAGUUGGAAACAAAACGGUGAGGGCCAGACAGUACCCGUGGGGUGUUGUGCAAGUGGAGAAUGAAAGCCACUGUGACUUCGUAAAACUCCGGGAGAUGCUGAUCAGGGUCAACAUGGAGGAUCUGAGGGAGCAGACCCACGCCCGUCACUACGAGCUGUACCGACGCUGUAAGCUGGAAGAGAUGGGCUUCAAAGACACGGACCCCGACAGUCAGCCGUUCAGUCUGCAGGAGACGUACGAGGCCAAGAGGAAAGAGUUCCUGGGCGACUUGCAGCGCAAAGAGGAGGAGAUGCGACAGAUGUUCGUCAACAAAGUGAAAGAGACGGAAGCAGAAUUAAAAGAGAGAGAGAGAGAGCUGCACGACAAGUUCGAGCAGCUGAAGCGGAUGCACCAGGAGGAGAAGAGGAAGGUGGAGGACAAGAGGAAAGACCUGGAGGACGAGAUGAACGCCUUCAACAAGAAGAAGAUGGCAGCCGAGACGCUGUCCUUAUCUCAGCCCCUCAAGAAAGACAAAGACAAGAAGAACUCGGUGAACAUGGAGAACCAGUCCGGCGUCAGCGCCUCCAGCUCCAAAGUGAUGAUGGCCAAGGCCAGCGUGGAGCCCUUGAACUGCCAGAGCUGGUGGCAGGCCAUACAGUGCUGCACCUGCCUGGUCCACAGCGCCGCCUGGAAGCCCGAGGGCGUCUUCUGAUGCCCCGGCCCGCCGGGAACCGCACCGGGCUCCGAGGCCCGGUCCCAGCCGGCGCCGGCGCCGGAGCCGAGCCCGAUGGACGGAAUGAGGUGGGGGUGGCUGGCGACGAGCAGGGCGUGGAACUGAGGGGAGACCGGAGGAACGUUAGCGUUAGCGUACCCAUGUCAGUGUUGUCCCACCCAUUAGCAUUUAACACCCAGAUCGGCCGAUCAGCAUCCGUUCAGGAAGCUUCAGCACCGGGUUCCAGUCAAAAACCCUCGUUUCCCCGUGGAAUGAGCUGUAGUCUCGUCUCGUCUCGUCCUGUACGUGCAGUGCUUUUCUGUGUUCCCAUUUGUUCGCCGGAGUCAAGAACCGGCCCGAGUGGAGGCUUUUCAAACACACGUCCUGCUUUCGUUUGUUUGUGGGCGGCGGGUUCGAGCGUGAGGUUCAGUGAUAAUUCCCUAAAACCCUCCUCCUCUGAACCUUUUCCUUUUGCUGCACUUUGAAAUGCGGGGCAUUCAUGGGACUGUAGCAGACGCACGGCGACUUCUGCUGGUUUCCUGAGCGCUCGUGACGCGGCAUCGCUGUAAAUCCUGUUAUUUACUCAUUGUGCAGAGUUUGUGACAAAUCCAGAGUUUAUCGAUCGCUGUUUUAUUGUCAACUGAAACAAACGCUUUAAUUUAACGCAGAGUGAUAUCGUCAGGGUCGAGGGAAUGUAACUGUGAGGCACAGAGCAAAUGAAAUGAGUAUUUAUUUGAAAGAUUGUUUAUCUGAAUAAUAUAAAAAGAGAAAAGCCUUUAUUUUAUUAUAGUUUUAUCAAUACAUUACGUCUCUUUAUUUUGAAAGUCUUAGAUUUUCUAUUAAACGCGGGGACAUUAACCUGCGUCUGGGUCAGAAUCACGUCUGCGUGCAGGUAUUUGUGUUGUGAGACGGUCGUUUGUUGCACGCGACGCGGCCGCUUCCUUCCAGCUAUUUAAAUUCGCUACGUAAACGAGCGCAGAAUCGAACGGUGGAACUGGUCCACGGCCUCAGCCGCUGCAUGACGGGACCCGGGCUCAGAGCUCUUGGGUUAUUUAGAAAGGAGCAGAUUGUUUUGUCACAGCUGAGGAGGAUUUAUUGGUCGAACACCGGCUUUAACCAGGACUGAAUGGAGUUCAGAGUGAUUCUGGGCACAAGGACUGAAAUUAAACAAACGCACAAUCUCUACUGGGACCAGUUCUUUGUGCUGAGGAGCUCCGGUGGAGCUGAACCUCCUUCAAUCAGAUGUGACGCGCGUUUUGAGCAGAAUUUGCACAGAUUUCAUCGGUUCUGAUCCGACUCACGAUGUGGAGGAAGUCGACGGGCGUGGCGGCGUACAGGUCCCAGUGCAGCUUGUCCAGAAUGAUGCGCUCCAUGCGCAGGAUCUCCGCUGUGGAGAAGCUGCACCCGCUCUGCGCAACCAGGUCCUUGACGGAACCGAUGACCUGUUCAAACCGGCGGAAGCGAAGCAAAUAAAUGUUGUGUUUUCAAACGGC